AUGUCAAGGGUUGUGUCAACGACUCCUGAACCAAUAGAAGAACCCACUCAUGUUACUUUUAUUCUUCCUCCUAAACAACCUUCUUCGAGCAGAACCUCUUCUGUAGUAUCGGUUACUUCUAACUUUGCCUUAAAGCAACCACGUUAUCAUGCACUAUAUCAACCCUCAUGGCGUGAACAAUUGGCUGUCGAGCUUGAUAAUUCAGAAAUUGGCAGCAUAUGGAGGCUUGUGGACGCUUUCCUCAAUAUCUUACUUUGUCUGAUUUAUAUUGCGCACACCGUGUACAUGAAAGCUUCAUUACCAACGUUUAACGUGUGUUUUGAAGUUGUGGUAUCCAUUCUACUGCUUAUGGAAUAUAUUCCAAAGUUUUAUAUAUAUGAAUUCGAGUCAUUGAGGUCUUUAUUUACUAAAGUCUCGCCUAUCCUCACAGCUUUGACCAUUUAUCCCGUGAUUGCUAUUGCAAUGGACCCAGUUUUUGAAGAAACUCGUUAUAUUGUCUUUUUUUACCCUUUUCGUUUCAUUCGAUGUUAUUUAUCAGUGCGUGAUUGUUUAGUAAGAAGUGAAAAAUCUGUUUUAAAACUUGGUCAAGUCACCAGCAAAACUUUAAUUUUUUUACAAUCAAUCUUGUUCCUUAUUUUGACUGGAUCCUCAUUGUUACAUGGCGUUGAAUAUGCCUAUAUGGAUGAAAAUGUUACUUUCUUGGAUGCUGUUUUUUUCACAACUAUUAUGUUGGGUACUGUGGGAUAUCUAAGUGAUAUAGUGCCUGAUAACGCUUUUCCAAGAAUUCUUCUUUUGGUGAUAUUUACUACGGGUCUCAUUUUCAUUCCGUAUUCUAUAUCGGAAUUGACCAUGCUUAUACGCUCAAAAUCCGUUUAUGACAAACCAUUCCGUAAAAUUUCACAGCAACCACAUGUCAUUAUAAUAGCACCAACUAUAGAAUUACCAUCGUUAAGGCAUUUUUUGAAAGAGUUUUAUUCUUUGGCUCACGGCUCUGCGACUGUCAAUACAAAAGUUGUAAUAUUAAAUCCUUUGGAUCCAACCGACCGCGUCAAAACAUUUUUAUCGGAUCCAGUCUUUGCACAUCGUGUACAAUAUGUCCGUGGAAGUUCUCUUGAUGCUCGUAACCUAGAAAAGGUUGAUGCAAAAAAUGCUUCCGCAUAUUUUAUUUUGGCUAAAAAAUAUACUCAACAAAGUGAAAUAAUUGAUGCAGAGAACGUGCUAAAAGCAAUAGCUUUAAGCAAAUUUGAUGAAGGACCAAAACUUUAUAUUCAAUGUAUUCUUCCAGAAAAUAAAAUUCAUUUCGAAAGUUUAAACCCAGACCAAAUUAUUUGUACUGAUGAGUUGAAAUUAGCCAUUUUUGCUCACUCGUGUCUGACCCCUGGUUUUUCCACACUUUUAUAUGGACUUACUACAUCGUUUACCUUUGAAUCAGCACAUGAGUUAAGACGUGGAACUAGGAAACGGCGACGCCCUUCUAUUGGUUUGGAUUGUGACGCUAUCGAGGAUUAUAUUACAGGAUUUUCCCAGUCAAUUUACACUACUACUCUAUCCGAUCAUUUCUCUGGGCAUAAUUUCCUGUCAGUUGUUGAACGUCUUUACGUUGAUUUAGGUGUUGUGUUAUUUGCGCUUGGAAUUCCAAAAACACAUUCUUUUGACACAUCAUCUACUCGUUGGAUGUUUGAUCAUAAAGAUGAUUUUGACGUAAAUGAUCCUAAAAACUACACAGUAUUAAUUAAUCCGGAUGAUCAUAUUUUAAAUGGUGAUGAAAUUGGAUUUGUCAUUGCAUUGGACGGUUCGCUUGCGGAUGGUGCUGCUACUUAUGAAUGGCACGGUGGAUAUGGACAAAAAAAUCAUAAAGUAAUACCUGUUCCUUCUGAACAACAACCACUACUGACAAAGGGUGCAUUGAAAAAUAACGGUGGAGGUGCUUAUUCUGAUAAGAAAAAAAUUAAUCAAUCAACCGCAUCUGACACGCAACACCAUGAAUAUCCACAUAAACCUGAUUAUUUUACGUUGAGGCGUCAGCGUGCAUUUUCAACGCCUCUUGCAUUUACGGAACAUGAACUUCUACAUGACUUUUCUUCAUCUAAUAUUACCUUGUCUUCACGUGCUCAUGAUGUAGAAAGCAUAAACUCAGUAAUAGAUACGAUCACUGACCACAUUCUUCUGUGUGAUUACUCUCAGACGACUUUUCCACGUAAUCUUGAUUGUUUUGUCAGUCCAUUGCGUAAACCUUAUUUAGAGAAAAUUAUACCGAUUGUGAUUUUGUCACCUACAAGGCCAAGUCAAAGCCAAUGGAAAAUUUUGUGUCAAUUUGAUCAAGUCUACUUUGUGCAAGGAAAUCCCAUGAUGCGAGAAGGUUUGGACUGUGGACGAGUGAGAUUUGCAAAGCAAGCAGUUGUUUUAGCAGAUUCUUCCAGAUUGUUAAGAAAUGGGGAGAAGACUGAAGAUGCAUCAGCAAUGCUAGUAUUUUUAAACAUUAAAGCAAUGUGCAAAGAGAACAUUGAUGUGUUUGUGGAAUUUGUCCACAUGGAUAAUAUGAAAUUUAUGUCUGAGGAUGCUUCAGCUAUCGAUAAGAGUAUGCAAGCCCAUCAUUCUCCAGCUUUUAUGGCUGGAACUUGCUUUUCUUUAUCAAUGCUUGAUAGUAUUAUUUGCCAAUCAUUUUAUCAACCACACAUUGUAACCAUAAUUGAGCAAAUGCUUUUCGGUACGCCUCCGUUACAUCUUCUUUCUGGUUCAACUUGUCCCGCACCAUCACAUUCCCAUUUUUAUCAAGUUCCAGUACAAUUAUUUGUUGGAUGUCAAUAUGGGGAAUUGUUUCGCUCUAUGAUAGAUAAGAAAGUCGUACCACUAGGGUUGUAUCGUACUAAAAAGGUUAAAACUGUAAAUGGCAAUGAAAAAGAGUUAAAAUAUGUAUAUACAUGUCCUAAAUCUAACGUUUUAUUACGAAAUGAUGAUAAGGUGUUUGUGUUGAGCAAAAGAGCGCCUACAGGGUUUUGA